UUUUUUGCCUUCAAACAACAGCCAUACCCUGUUUUUCUCAACGCUUCCUUCGGAUCUUCCAUUUCUUCUCUGUUCUUCCCUUUCAUGAUCCCCCAAGCUCCUAUUCAGCAACCAAGUUCGUUUUUUCUUUUCCUUUCUGGGCAUCGAGAGCCCAUUUCCUCCUCCUCCAAGCUCUCGAUCCGACCCCCCACAUUUCCCCAAUUCCCAUUUCAAAUGGAUAACAUCACGGCGCAAUUAAAGCGCGGAAUCUCCCGCCAAUUCUCCACUGGCUCUCUCCGCCGUAGUCUCAGCCGCCAAUUCUCCCGACAAUCCUCUUUAGACCCUCGUCGGAAUAAUCUAAGAUUCAGCUUCGGCCGCCAAUCCUCUCUCGACCCUAUUCGCCGUUCUCCUGGUGAAGACAAUGACCUCUCUGUUCCUGAAAAUUUGGACUCCACUAUGCAGCUGCUCUUCAUGGCUUGUCGUGGCGAUGUCCGUGGCGUGCAGGAUUUGCUUAAUGAUGGCACCGAUGUUAAUAGCAUUGAUUUGGAUGGCCGCACUGCCUUGCAUAUUGCUGCUUGUGAGGGCCAUGCUGAGGUUGUUAAGUUCUUGCUUACCCGUAAGGCUAAUAUUGAUGCUCGUGAUCGUUGGGGGAGUACGGCAGCUGCUGAUGCUAAAUAUUAUGGGAAUAUCGAGGUUUACACCAUUUUAAAGGCUCGUGGAGCAAAAGUUCAGAGUAUUAGGAAGACACCAAUGACUGUUGCAAAUCCCAGGGAAGUUCCUGAGUAUGAGCUUAAUCCAUCGGAGCUUCAGAUUCGAAGGGGUGACGGUAUAUCAAAGGGGUCAUAUCAAGUUGCCAAAUGGAAUGGUACAAAAGUGGCUGUGAAAAUUCUUGAUAAGGAUUGUUAUUUUAAUCCGGAUUCUAUAAAUGCAUUCAAACACGAGUUGACGUUACUCGAAAGGGUUCGACAUCCGAACGUAGUUCAGUUUGUCGGGGCCGUUACGCAGAAUUUGCCGAUGAUGAUCGUUUCGGAAUACCAUCCAAUGGGUGAUUUAGGUUUCUAUCUUCAAAAGAAAGGUCGUUUAUCUCCGUCUAAAGCCUUACGAUUCGCCCUCGAUAUCGCUAGGGGAAUGAACUAUCUUCACGAAUGCAAACCGGAGCCUAUUAUCCACUGCGAUUUAAAGCCAAAAAAUAUUUUGCUGGAUAAUGGAGGACAACUCAAAGUUGCUGGAUUUGGCAUGAUAAGAUUGUCAAAAAUGUCUCCUGAUAAAGCAAAACUAGCUCAUCAAAUGGUUACCGAUUCUUUGAACUUGUACUUAGCUCCCGAGAUUUACAACGACGAAGUAUUUGACAGAAGUGUCGAUGCGUUUUCGUUUGGUCUCAUUUUGUACGAGAUGGUUGAAGGUAUGCAGCCAUUCCAUCCUAGGCCUCUGGAAGAGGCGUCGAAAGCUAUGUGUGUCGAACGAAAGAGACCUCCGUUUAAGAUCAAAUCGAAAAGUUAUCCACCUGAUCUAAAAGAAUUGAUAGAGGAAUGCUGGGCUCCAGAACCUGUUGUGAGGCCUACUUUCUCUGAAAUUAUUGUAAGGUUAGAUAAAAUAGUCACCAACUGCUCGAAACAUGGAUGGUGGAAAGACACGUUUAAACUUCCCUGGUACGUUCUUUUCACUCUAAAACUAUUCUCGUUUGAUAACGUUUUCGUUUCUCUCUUUUGGUUCAUGAAUCUACCGGAUUCAAAAACGUUCAUAAAAAACACGAACGGAGUGUUGUUCAUAAACAAAAGACGAGAAACGGGACGGGACUCGAGCUCAAGUUUAUAAAGAUUUGGGGUAUGUGCAGGAAAUAAGAAGGUAGGGAACUCAACCCAUUGUCUUCAGAAGGGGGCAAAGUGAUGAUGAAUGAAGGACAAUUCUUAGAA